GCUGUCAUUAAAACAGAUAUACCUAUGAACAUAUUAAUUCAUAUUUUAAAUGUAUUAUACAUCAUAUUAUUUUAGAAAAAUGUGCCACCCAAGUAAUAUACUUAAAAGUCAAAAUGAAUGGAGAAAUUGGAAUGGCCAAUAUGGCUGAUAUAAAAAAGGAAGUCCUGCCAAUCACUUUUAGAUAAAGACAUCGCUUGUUAAUCAACUUGAGAACGCGCUUGCGCAUUAGCCAGACAAGCCUGAAAACUAGCAUUUUUUCUAGCAUGAUCUGAGCUAAAGAAGCACAAAUCAUGAGACCAUUAUUGUCAGAUUGACCAGCUGUUCUGGAGAUUUCAGCCUGUACCCGUUCAAGUAAAUAGGAGCUGUACUUUUAUGCCGCUUGUUUACAUAGAAAAUAGCUGUCUGGGAGCAUUGCAAAGAUGGCCGCAGAGUGGAUUGACUUGCCUUGAAUGGGACUUUGAUCACACCCAACACUGUCUGUGUCCAUUAGUAAGUUUCAUAUAUGUGACAAACUCAGUUCUCCUCCCAUUGUCUUGUGUGCCCGCAAGUCCAUGUCUAAUCUCGUCCUCUUCUCACAUCCUUAUUACUGUAGUCUAAAGGUGUCACAUAACCUUUAAAAGACAUCUGAUCUUCCCUGAUACAAAGACACUUCUUUAUGAAAGAUGCACAAAGUACAACUUCAGAACAGUCAUUGUGUUUCCCCUAUUUAUAGAACUUGGAUGAAAAGGGUUUGUCCCAGCUCCACACCGAAACCCAAAACUUUCAAACUGAACACGAGGUACUAUAAAAUCACCUUCUAAAUCUUUUCUUUCCCCCAAACCACUGACGCAUAUGAGGUGUAACAGAAGUCUUCUCUCAGGGGAACAGGUGGGUCUAUAUCUUCACAGGUACUGUAGGCACAUCAUCUACCUGCAGAGUUUCCUUGGACACAGAGACAUCAUGAGCAUCUAUCCAGAAGUUAAGAUGUUGGCGGUCAUGGUUGUUUUAUUCCUGGUGGCUGGGAUGGGCGACAGCGUGAUUCUGAAUAAAUGUGGGCUGAAGCAACAGCUUGAAGUAACCCUUACGCUGCCUGAGGUUGUUCUGAACCAAACGACUCCUGUGGACCUUCUAGCAAAGAUUGUGUGCCAUAUUCAGCUGAACACUGGCUUUAAUACCAGCUCCGUGAAGCUGAUUACAGAGCCAAGCAAAGCCAAAAAUUCACAGGGUCAUGGUGGCCGCAAGGGCCGUUCUGCUGGGAGCGGGAAAAAUAAAGGGCGACCCUCCAGUAAUGUCAAGCGCCCAACCUCUGCAGAAAGUUCAGGCAGUGGUGAGAGCCACGAAUAUAAUGGUAUAAAGUCAUGCACCCAGUACGGCUUGUUCCAGCUGAGUAACCGUGUGGCGUGCAACUCGACACUUUCUCCAACCCUGAACCUCUGCGGCCUGAACUGCAACAUGCUAAUUGACGAUGAUAUCAGUGACGACUUGGCAUGUGUCCAGGUCCUUUUAAAUACAAUGGUGGCAGUCACUCCUAAGGCCCUACAUGCUGACCACAUCCGCAAAAUGAUCUCCUCGAUCUACAAGACAGAGUGUGCCAAUGUGGUGGCUUCUUCAUAUUUCGCUGAAUGUUAAAACCCUAAUCUUACCAUAUCUGGAUCAGUUAGUCUAAAUCCUAAUAAAUGAAGCUUCUUCCUUUACUUUCUCAUUUUUGGUCACUUAUGUUCUUAACGUUCUUGCCAAAGUGUCCAACAACGCACCUCAGCACAGAUAGCAAUCGUGCAGGUAGCGCCAUGA